GCCGGAGAGAGGGAAGAUUCUGUCCGAACGGCGGGGGUCGUUUUUUAUAAUGCCGCGCGGCUGCACUGUGCUCAUACAGUCUACGUAGAGGGUGAGGAAGAGUGAUAAAGAGGAAAGAGCACGAGACGUGGAACGAGAUCGAUCAAUGGACGGUGAAGCGGAAGAAGAGUUGAAGUCUCAAGGAGCCGAAAGCAAUGCCACCAUCUCCAAGGCUACGGAAUUGGAUAACUUGAAAAUGCGUUUGCGAGCGAUGGAGAAAGAAGCGGAAGUUCUGCGUGGGAUGCAAGCUGAAGUUGAAAAUCAGAUGGGUGAUGAUGCCCCAGAAAAUCCAAAUGCAGAUUCGACAGUGACAACAGAAGAAGUUGAUGCACGAUCUAUCUAUGUUGGCAAUGUUGAUUACGAAUGCACUGUGGAAGAACUUCAGCUGCAUUUCCAGGAAUGUGGUACUGUGAACCGAGUAACUAUCCUUUGCGAUAAGUUUGGCCAGCCUAAGGGUUUUGCAUAUGUGGAAUUCCUUGAAGAAGAAGCUGUCACGUUGGCUCUCCAGCUGAAUGAAUCUGAUUUGCACGAACGUAAAGUCAAGGUUAUGCCCAAGAGGAAGAAUAUCCCUGGAAUGAGGCAGCGCCGGCCAAGGCGUUUCAGCCCUUAUGUUAUUCACGGUCAUCCUAUCGUACCAUCUUAUAUCUACUCUCCUUAUGGAUACGGGAAUCCAACUUUCCGAAGGCCUAGAUGAAAGAGGCACUAUUCUUUUUCAUUUCCGUUUUCUUUUCAAGACUAUGGAUGUUUCUGCAAUGCUAUAUGAAGUAUCUACAUUGCUUUAUUUGCAAGGAAAGCUAACUACAUUAAUAGCAGUGUGGUACUGAGUCUUGCAAAUUGCAAUCAUGCUUUGCAUUUGAUAUCUGCAUGGGAACUUUUAUAGGUGUUUGGUAAUUGGGUAGUGUUUCCUCUUAGAAACUGAAACUUUUAUGUUGGUACUUGAACUUCUACCAAGUGGUAUAAUGACAAAAGUUUGUGCUUUUAUUUUGCA